AAACCCCCUAAACCCUACACUCCAAAAUCCUUGGCUAUGGCGUCUAUCGCGUCGAGGUUCACGCCGCUGCUGGAUCGAGUGCUCGUCGAGAAGCUCGUGCCACCUGCCAAAUCCGUGGGCGGCGUUCUUCUCCCGGAGACGCAGAAGCACAUCAAUGCCGGGACUGUGGUCGCGGUAGGCCAGGGCGUGUACAACACCGACGGCGAGAUCGUGCCAAAUCUCUGCAAAGUGGGCGACAAGGUUUUGCUCCCGGAUUGGGGCGGUGUGGAGAUCAAGCUCGAGGACAAAUCAUACGAGGUCUUCCGCGACAAGAGCAUCCUCGCGAUCAUGAGCGACUUUGAGUAGGAUUGGUGAUCACCCAAAGGUUUUGUUUCAUCAUUUUUUUUCUCUUCUCGCAUCGAUCUAGCAUCCUCUCACUCUUCUAGAUCAUGGUAGCAACUAGGAUAAUUCUCCUCCUCUACUCUGGCUAGAAGAGGUGAGAGAGGUUGCAUAGAUGUCAGACAAUACAGUGUAAGGAGCUCCAUUCCCAGCCACUGUAGCUCCUCGAUCGGUAUCGUAGUGGACGCAUUGAGCAGCGCCCCCCACGCCACUAGAUCCGGCACGAAAGGCAGGAAGGGCUAUGACGCCAUAGAAUAUCAUGCUACUUUUUACUGAUG